CCGCGCGUGCGCGCCCCGCGCGUCUGGGUCGUGGAGCUGUCGGUCGUGGUCUCCUUCGCAGAUGGGCUCAGUGGCCUAGCGACCCGGUCCCCGCCGUCCGUGAUCGAGCGCCGAGGCCCGCGAGGGGUCGCCGCCGAGGUUUCCACCAGCCCACAAGCAAGAGCAUGGCAGCCAUCCCCUCCAGCGGCUCGCUCGUGGCCACCCACGACUACUACCGGCGCCGCCUGGGCUCCACUUCCAGUAACAGCUCCUGCGGAAGUGCCGAGUACCCUGGGGAAGGCAUCCCCCGCCACCCCGGUCUCCCCAGAGCCGACCCGGGACACUGGUGGGCUAGCUUCUUUUUUGGGAAGUCCACGCUCCCAUUCAUGACCACAGUGUUGGAGUCCCCAGAGCACUCAGAGCCAGCCCAGGCCUCCACCGGCACGAUCACCUGUGACCUGGCUCGGGAAGCCGUGGGGAAGCAGCAGCCUGGCGGCCAGCCUGGCCAAACCAACUCCAGGCCCCCGUCCUGAGUGGCCACCACCAGCUGCCGGGCUUCCUCCCGAGGCGCUAGGCUUGUCAGAGCCCCCCCUCCUUCCCCUCCCUGAGAGUGAGC